AUGGAGGUUAAAUCCAGAGCUCCCGGUAAAAUCAUCUUAGCCGGCGAACAUGCCGUCGUUCACGGAUCAACCGCCGUUGCUUCUUCCAUCGCUCUAUACACCUACGUUUCUCUCCGCUUCUCCACUCCUUCUUCCGAUAAUGAAGAAUCGUUGAAACUUGUUCUGAAGGAUGUGGAUUUGGAAUUCUCGUGGCCGAUUAGUAGAAUUAGAGAAGCUUUUCCUGAUUAUGUUGCUUUGUUAUCUUCAACGCCUGCUUCGUGCUCUGUUGACGGUACCAAAUCAAUUGAGGCUUUAGUUGAAGAACUUAGUAUACCUGAGGCUAAAAUUGGACUUGCUUCUGGAGUUUCUGCUUUUCUUUGGUUAUACUUGUCUAUCCAAGGAUAUAAGCCUGCUACUGUGGUUAUCUCUUCUGAUCUUCCUUUGGGUGCGGGCUUGGGUUCCUCGGCAGCAUUCUGUGUUGCUCUGGCAGCUGCCCUGCUUUCUGUCACUGAUUCUGUUUCUGUGGAUGUGUGCCAGCAAGGGUGGCACUCUUUUGGGGAGAAAGAACUUGAUUUGGUGAAUAAAUGGGCUUUUGAAGGCGAGAAGAUCAUCCAUGGAAAGCCCUCUGGAAUUGACAAUACAGUUAGUGCAUAUGGUAACAUUAUCAGCUUCAAAUCUGGUAACUUGACACGGAUGAAGUCAAAUGUGUACCUUAAAAUGCUCAUUACCAACACGAAAGUAGGUAGAAACACAAAAGCAUUGGUAGCUGGUGUUUCGGAGAGAAUGCUGAGGCAUCCAGGUGCCAUGGCUUUUGUGUUUAGUGCAGUUGAUUCUAUCAGUAAAGAAUUGACUACCGUUCUCCAGUCACCUACACCAGAUCAUCUCUCUGCUACUCAGAUUGAAGAGAAGGUAGAAGAGCUAAUGGAAAUGAAUCAAGGUCUGCUCCAGAGUAUGGGGGUCAGUCAUGCCACAAUAGAAACUGUUCUUCAAACAACAUUGAAGUACAAGUUAGCUUCUAAGUUGACAGGAGCUGGUGGUGGGGGAUGUGUUCUGACAUUGCUUCCAACAUUGCUAUCCGCUACCAUUGUUGAUAAAGUGAUUGCUGAACUGGAGUCAAACGGGUUCCAAUGUUUCAUUGCCGGAAUCGGUGGGAAUGGUGUUGAAAUUAGCUUUGAGCAUUCAUCUUGA